AUGGCAGACAGUGUUGUUACUUUCCUGUUGCAGAACCUGACUCAGUUGCUUAGCCAAGAAUCUAAAUUGCUUGGUGGAGUGGGGGAUCAAGUCAGGUUACUUCAGAAUGAGUUGUCUCUGAUCAACGUCUUCCUCCAAAAUACUGAAGGGAAACGACAUGACAAUGAGUUCGUGAAGAAGGUGGUAAGCCAAAUCAGGGACGUAGCUUAUGAGGCUGAGGAUGUUAUUGAUACAUUCAUCAUGACAGUGACAAAGCACAAGAGAAGAUGCAAGCUGACGAAGUUAAUCCAUUCUUGUGACCGAGCAAUGUCGUUUCACGAGGUUGCAAGCAAGAUAGAGAGAAUCAAUAAUGUCAUCAAGGAAAUUUACAACAAUAAGAGCAAGUACGGCAUAGAAAUAGCUGAAUCAUCUGGAGGAGAUACAGAAGCAGAGGUGAAACUACACAGGCGCAGGAGAUACGUAGAGGAAGAUCGCGUGGUGGGAUUUGCUUAUGACACAGAGGCACUGCUGAAGCAGCUUAUUGACGGGAGUUUGCAACGGAACGUUGUUUCAAUCAUUGGCAUGGGUGGCUUAGGCAAAACCACUCUUGCUAGGAAGAUCUACAACAACAAUCAUUUCAAGAACCACUUUGAUUUCCAUGGGUGGGUGUAUGUCUCUCAAAAAUAUAAAAUCAGAGACUUGUUGCUUGAAAUUUUGAAGGGUGUGUCACCAAUGCCAAAACUGAGAAAAUUUAUCUUGAAAGCAGAAUUGAAAGAGGAAUUACUUCACGGUCUGGAAGUUAACUAUAGCUCGAACAAAGAUAAAUUGAAAGGGACACUAAUUGAAAACUUGAACGGUAUCAAGGCAAUGAAUGAUGAAGAAUGCAAGAAGGCAUUGUUUGCGUUCUUGGAACACGUACGAGACCUAAGUUGA